AUGAAAAGCUCCAUAUUGAUUGGCGUUGCUAUAACAGGCUGGAUGAGAGCCUUACCCUCCGUAGCAGCCCAAUGUUCUACCAUCGAGGACGUUAGACUCACGUUCUACAGCCGGCCAGAUAAUGGUCCCCCUCCUGGACCGGACAAUACCUUCGAUUGCGGCCGCGGGAAAGGACUAGAUGGCAAACCUAUCGCGGGAGAUCCUAUUACUUUCGCAACGGCCACCGACAACAACAACCUCCCACGAUGUGGCAUUGUCUACGUUCCGCUUCUACGCAAGUACUUCCGCAAUGAAGACGACUGCGCAGAUUGCAAUCUAUGGACUAGCUUGAACCAAGAGUCCCGAGGAAAUCAUCAAAUCAGCUGUGAGAACAACCUUCCUGAAGGAUCGCAGACCAUCAUCAAGAAUCCUCCAGGCAACCUAGCCGUUGAUAGUAUGCUCUCGCCACCCGCGGAAUACUCCUUGCUCCCUUACGCUGAUCCGCUUCACUAA